AUGGGUCAGAAUGAGGCCCCAUCUCAGACUUCUCAGACUCCACCCGCUUCAGAGUUUCCAGCUGAGUCAAUUCUUGAAUGGAAGGGUAAUGCUGCGACACCAAAGGGUAGGCUUAUUUCCUACCCGAAGGCAAGGAAGAUGAUCUCGAGAGGCCGUGUUUGCCAUCUUGUCUGUGUUAGAGAUGUUGAUGCUGAACCAUCAACCCUUCAAUCAGUUCCGAUGCAGAGCAUGCAGAACAUUUACAGAGAGUUUUAUAGACCUUUGUAUGCCAAGUUCUCUAAGCAGUUUGUAGAAGGGUUUGCCCCUAUAUCAGCGUCGUUGACAAAGUUAACUCAGAAAAGGGCCAAGUUCCAGUGGUUGGAUGCUUGUGAACAAAGUUUCCAAGAGCUGAAGAAUAGAUUGGCAACAACACCUGUUCUUACUCUUCCAGGAGGUGCAGAAGGUUAUGUGGGUUAUUACGAUGCUUUGGGAACAGGUUUAAGGCGUGUGUUGAUAAAACACGGGAAUGUGAUUGCCUAUGCUUCAAGGCAACUCAGAAAGCAAGAAAAACAUUAUUCAGCACAUGAUUUGGAAUUAGUAGUCGUGGUGUACGCAUUGAAGAUUUGGCAGCACUAUUUAUAUGGUGUCCACGUAGAUAUCUUCACAGAUCAUAAGAGCCUCCAAUACAUAUUUAAACAGAAUGAGGCAGAGAAAGUGUCUUCAAUUGUUAAAAGAUUACGAUGUCACCCCAGUAAAGCUAAUGUCACGACCAAUGCACUUAGUCACAAGUCUAUGGGUUGUUGGGUAGAUGUGCAGGAAAAAAAGAAGGAAUUGACUAAAGAGCUUCAUCAGCUAUCCAGCUUAGGAGUCCGGUUGUUGGAUUCAGAUGAUGGAGGCGUAGUGGUUCAGAAUACAUCAGACUCAUCCCUUAUAGCUGAAGUGAAGGAACACCAACACAAAGAUCCCGUUUUAGAGAAAAUUAAGGAAAGUAUUCAGCAGAAGAAGAUUUCAGCGUUUGAACUUGAUGAACAAAGGGUCCUAAGGUACCAGGGCCGACUGUGUGUUCCAGAUGUAGCAGGGUUACGGGACAAGAUUAUGAUAGAGAUAGAGGUGCUCAAUUCACGGCUAAUUUCUAGAGAUCCUUUCAGAGAUGCGAGUACGCAAGUUAAUCUUAGCACAGCUUUCCAUCAGUCUGGCAAGUAG